AAAAUUAUGAAAAGUAGUGCUAAUAAUCCCAAUACUAUCGGUGAUUACAGUGGUUACCACCAAAACGGCUAUACGUACCCGAAAACUGGUUAUCGGACGGACACCACCACCACUACCGCCGCCGCCGCUGCCAACGAAUUUCCCGACCAAUUAGUGGUCAGCUAUCGAUGGACGCGGACAUUGAUUGUCGGCAAUUUGCCCGAAUCGGUCAACCCGUUGGACAUACAGCCUGUGUUUGAAUUGUUUGGUCCGCUUAGCCAACCGGUUAGCGUACACUUGCAGCCGACGACACCGACAGCCGAUCUACCGAUGGUCUACGCUCUGGUCAAAUACCAGCAUCUGGAGGACGCCUAUCGGGCGAAACGUGAACUAUCGCCACCACCGCCGACGACGCCGAUUGGGAGGACAGCGGCGGCCACCGCAACGGCUAUUGGCCGCCACAACAACAACAAUCGAUGCCGUAUAGAGUUUGGCCAAACAAAGCCAACCGCCCGACUGUACGUAUGGGGUGUUGGCGGUUGCGGCGGCAGCGGUAAUAGUCGCCAAUUGGUUGGCCAAUUGUACGCCGAUUUGUCCCGAUUCGGUCCAAUCGAGAAAAUCUAUUAUCACGAUCGGUGCGACUAUUUAUACGUCCAGUUUGAUUGUAAACGAUCGGCUCUCGAGGCCAGCAAUGGCCUACACGGCUAUCGAUUUACUGGCGACGACUAUACAGGCGGUCGUCAAUUGUUUUGCGAUUAUGCCGACGACGACGACGACGGCAGCGGUGGCGGCAAUGACUCGGCCAUCAAAUUCAAGUUACCGGCCACUCCUCCGGCUUCUCAAUCAUCGCUAGCACCGCAGCUUUUUGUGGACAAUUUUGCGGCCUUCAAACCCACAGCCAUACUGGACAAUGACAACUACCGAUUGCCGUCGUCGUCAUCGGUUGUCGUCAACAACGGCAAUGUAUACGUAAAGCCGUCGCCGCUGCUGACGAUGAAGGAUAUGGAUCACCGACGGGCCGUACGUUUCGAUGACUUUCCGCCGGCGUCGAUGUUAUCACAACUGCCAGCAGCGAUGCCUACCGGUGAUAGUUCGGUCAGAUCGUCGUCAUCGUCAACGGCGGCCAACAACAAGACUACCACCACUACUACUACCCGAAUGACUACCAGAUCGUCGACUACCGGUUCCUCCACCCGAAAUCGCUUGGACUACAAUCAAAUGCUUGGCCUAUUGGACGCUCCCCGAGUCCUACUGACUAGACUACCGCCGUUAUCAUCAUCGAUGGCGGCGCCGCCGCCGCCGCCGCAACCGUCAGCAAUGGGACCGCCGCCGACACCGCAGCCGCCACCACAACGAUCGCAUUCACGAUCACAUCAACCACCGCCACCGCCACCACCUCCUACUCCUAGUACACCAUCAAAACAACAGCAACAUAUGAGACAACUGUUGGCACAACAAUCCGAGGACAGUAUACAGGAAUUAGAUAGUCCGCUGUCGCCGACCUAUAAUAAUGAUGAGGACGGGGACGGGGAGGAGGAGGACGGGGAGCUAUCCUAUUAUGGCAGCGAUGAUGAUGACGAUGACAAUGAGGAAGAUAGUGAUGACGAUAACGACGACGAUGAUGAUGAUGACGGUGUUGUCAAUGAUGUCCAAUACAGUGAUAUCGAUGAUGAAGACAAUGAGGAGGAGGAGGAACGGGAUGUCCGGGAGGACGGGGAUCAGUCGCGGCAUAAAUCUAUCGGAGCCGCCGAUAAUCAAUGAGUGGGAGAGAGAGAGAGAGAGAGAGAGAGAGAGAGAGAGAGAGAGAGAGAGAGAAAGAGAGAGAGAGAGAGAGAGAAAAUGAUUUUUUAAUUACCGGUAAUUCAAAAAAAUAACCCGAAAAUUAUCAAAAAGUUUUAAAUACCGGUAUAUUA